CUUCUUCGCCAACUACUACCUCAUUAACCCGUCUUCUGUUUUCUCGAGAAAAAGCCCAGAAGCUACAAUAGGGAAGGAAGAAGGAAAGGAAGAGAGAUUAAGUUAGCAGAGUAUUUUUAAUCAGGAUCCAUGGAAGGAGUUCAGGCCUGGGUUUCCAAGCACAAGCUCGGCACCAUCGGAGGAAUCUGGGCAGCGGCAGUUGGAGGGUCAUUCGCUGCCAACAAUCGGUCUUCAACUCCGGCUCUCAAGCCCAGUCUUAGGCUCAUCCACGCCCGGAUGCACGCACAGGCCAUAACAUUGUCGGUGCUUUCCGGAGCAGCAAUCUACCAUCACUUCCAUGAUCAAAUGGAAGCCAACCGUCAACCCAUUGGCGGGUUAACCGGGCGAUGACUCAUCGAUUGGAUAUGAGGGGCUUAGAGUUAUAGAAUCUUUAGCUCUUCUGUAUACUCUUUCCUGCACACGCUAUGUUCUUAUGGACGGUAUACCUUCCACUCAAUAACAAUGGAACCUACAGUUUCUUUCUUCCACGACCUUGUCACUUUGCCUCCAUUUCAAUAUGUCCAUCAAAAGUUGUUAUCAAAUGGAUGAAACAAACUUAUAAUCCCAAC